AUGCUCAGCGGUGAGCAGUCAAGUGCCUCUGGCCCCGGGUCCACUGCAGGGGAGUAUGAGGGACAGGCGCCAGCAACGCGAACGCCAACGCACUUUCUGCGAAAAGUUCUUGGACGUCCAGUUGUGGUGAAACUCAAUAACGGUACGGAAUACCGUGGAACGCUGGUUUGUUUAGAUGGUUAUCUGAACAUAGUUUUGGAAAAUUCUGCGGAAUUUUUGAACGGAGAGCUCAAGCGACGCUAUGGAGACACCCUCUUGCGUGGUAGUAAUGUACUUUACGUAGGGACGAUUCCCGAUUGA